CCGUGCUCAGCGACUUCCGGCGGCGGGAGCGUGUGCCGGGCAGCAGCAGCAGCAGCCAUGGCGUACCGCGGGCAGGGCCAGAAGGUGCAGAAGGUGAUGGUGCAGCCCAUCAACCUCAUCUUCCGCUACCUGCAGAACAGGUCCAGGAUCCAGGUGUGGCUUUAUGAACAAGUGAACAUGCGGAUAGAAGGCUGCAUCAUUGGCUUUGAUGAAUAUAUGAACUUGGUGUUGGAUGACGCAGAGGAGAUUCACUCCAAAACAAAAUCCAGGAAACAGCUGGGUCGGAUCAUGUUAAAAGGGGACAAUAUCACCCUUCUUCAAAGUGUUUCUAACUAGGAUUUGUUGUUCUUCGCUUAAAAUAAUGGCUACAGUGCUUUGGAGUUAAUAAAGUGCUAGUGGGAACAGGACCAGCUAGUAGACAGGAACUUAUACCUAACUGGGGUUGCAUGCAGAGUUGAAAACUGCACGUUCCUUUCUGCAAGUAAUAUUUUUUUUUGUAGUUUGAAACGAUGAAUUAUGUAUUUUGCAAAUAAACAUUUUUCAUGUUAACUGUAAA